AUGAAGCAAGGUUAGGCUUGGCAAUUUCAGACCAGCACCAAAAUAUUAUUCUUCCCACUCGCCCCCUCACCCCAUCUUUUCAUCUCUCCUCUUUCCUGUUCUGACGCUUCUUGCUCUCCCAACAGAUUCCCGAAGGAAGGUUUUAAGCCUGGUGAGCUGUUUUGCUGGAGGUGUCUUCCUGGCUACAUGUCUCCUGGACUUGAUCCCUGAUUACCUUGCCGGUAUUAAUGAGGCCUUCAACAACUUGAGAGUCACGGUGAGCGAAGGCCCAGAUUUUGCCACCAGUUGUUUAUCUAUUAUGAGAAGGAUUUACCGUAUUUUUCGCUCUAUAGGACGCACUUUUCCCCUCCAAAAAUUAAGGGGAAAUGUGUGUGCGUCUUAUGGAGUGAAUGCGGGCUCCUUGGCUUCAGCGAUAGCAACGCGAAGCCUCCGAAGCGCAGAGGGAGCGCUCCCUCCGUGCUCCGGAGGCUUCGCGUUGCUUUCGCUGAAGCCUGGAGAACGAGAGGGGUCAGUGCGCACCAACCCCUCUCGCUCUCCAGGUUUCAGGGAUAGACUCUCCUGGCUUCAGCGAAAGGAACCUGAAGCCUGCGGAGCCUUCAGCGAAGCGGGAGAAGAAAGGGAAGGGGCUCCGUUUCUCCUGCCGCUUUGCUGAAGGGGCGCUGAGCAGAGGGGAAGAUUUUUUUUUUCUUGUUCUCCCCCUCUAAAGCAAGGUGCAUCCUAUGGAGCCAAAAAUACGGUAUGUUGCGUUUAAUCAUCAAAACCACUGAGUCAUUUACUGUUCAUUAGGGCUGGGCGAUACCUGGUUUUCAACUUCAUAUCGCCAGCUAAACAUCGCAAUAUAUUGAUUUACAGUGCUAUUUUUCUAGAAAAAGAGGUGCUGGAACUCGCCGUGAAUCCCUCCCUCUUUCUGUUGGAAUGGCAGUGGCAUCCUCCUGAGAGCUGGCAGAACCACUAGGCUCAGUGGUUUAGACCACAGCGCCACUCGUGUCCCCCUUUAGUUGGUGUUAGAUACCAUCUAUACAUCAUUUUCAUCACAUUUUAUUUUAGAGCACUGCAAGUUAUAGCUGUGCUUUAAAUGUUUGGCGUGAAAGUGUCCCCAAUAAUAAUAAUAAUAAUAAUUUUUAUUUAUACCCCGCCCUCCCCAGCCAAGACCGGGCUCAGGGCAGCUAACAACCAAUAAUAAAAACAAGUUGAUUAAAAUACAACUUAAAAAACAAGAUUAAAGUACAACGUUAAAACAUUAAGAUGCAGCCUAUUCACAGGAGGAGAAAGGAAAAAAGAAAGAGGGGGAGGGAAUCAAACUGACUCCAAGCCAAAGGCCAGGCAGAACAACUCUGUCUUAUAGGCCCUGCGGAAAGAAAUCAGAUCCUGCAGGGCCCUGGUCUCAUGAGGCAGAGCGUUCCACCAGGCCGGAGCCAGUGCUGAAAGGGCCCUGGCUCUGGUUGAGGCUAAUCUAACUUCCUUAGGGCCUGGGACCUCUAGGGUGUUGCUAUUUAUGGACCUAUUUAUGGACCCAUAACAAAAGGGACGCGGGUGGCGCUGUGGGUUAAACCACAGUGCCUAGGACUUGCCGAUCAGAAGGUCGACGGGUCGAAUCCCCGCGACGGGGUGAGCUCCCGUUCCUCGGUCCCUGCUCCAGCCCACCUAGCAGUUCGAAAGCACAUCAAAGUGCAAGUAGAUAAAUAGGUACCACUCCGGCGGGAAGGUAAACGUCGUUUCCGUGCGCUGCUCUGGUUCGCCAGAAGCGGCUUAGUCAUGCUGGCCACAUGACCCAGAAGCUGUACGCCGGCUCCCUCGGCCAAUAAAGCGAGAUGAGUGCCGCAACCCCAGAGUCAUCCGCGACUGGACCUAAUGGUCAGGGAUCCCUUUACCCUUUACCUUAACAAACCUCUGCCUCUGACCCUGUGCUCACACCUUUCCCCUUCCUUCCCGCAGCUCCAUUUCCCCCUGCAGGAGUUCAUCUUGGCCAUGGGCUUCUUCCUAGUCCUGGUCCUGGAGCAAAUCGUCCUGGCCUACAAAGACCCGGUGGGAUCCCUGGAAGAGACCCAGGCCCUCCUUAGCGCGGCCGCGAACCCCUCCACCUCCAUCCAGGACCAGAGCUGGCCCGACGGGCCGCUGGCGCACCAGCACAGCCGGGACCGCCCACACGUCCACGUGGACUUCAAUGCCCACUCGGCCAUCCGCUCGGUCGUCCUCCUCCUGGCCCUCUCUCUGCAUUCCGUCUUCGAGGGGCUGGCCGUGGGGCUGCAGGAGGAGGGGACCCAGGCGCUGGAGAUCUGCCUGGCCCUGCUAAUCCACAAGGGGGUCAUCGCCUUUAGCCUCAGCCUCAAGCUCCUGCAGGGGCGGCUGCGCCCCCGCGUGGUGGCGGCCUGCCUCGUCCUCUUCGCCAUCAUGUCCCCCCUUGGCAUCGGGCUGGGCGUGGUGCUGACGGAGACCCCCCUGGCGGCCCUCCACCAGCUGUCGCGCUGCGUCCUCGAGGGCCUGGCCACCGGCACCUUUGUGUACAUCACCUUUCUAGAGAUCCUGCCCCACGAGCUCAACUCGUCCGAGCAGCGCAUCCUCAAAGUCAUCGUCCUCCUGGCAGGUUUCGCACUCGUCACCAGCAUCCUGUUCAUCAAGAUCUGA